CAUGAAGUCACGGCGGUGGUGCGGAUCCCGCAUGGAAGCCCGGCGGGCUGGUGAGUUGGCGCUGCACUCGUUGCGCGCGCAAUAUCGCCGCGCUCUACCGGAAUGGACAGCGCGCGCCUCUCGCCGCCGCCGGUCGGCGCGCACGAUCGGCCGGUCCAAGGAGGACCCGGCGAAACCCUCGAUACCCCGUCGCGUGACGCGGACGCCUUAAGCGAGUUGGCCUCGCGGUCCGCGCCACGCGUGUUGUGCCCCAUUCCCGAAAGUGAACCGCUGCUGCGCGACCCGCUUUCUGUCCCCAUUGCGCCUGCCGCAGGUGCGCUCGUUGAUUCUUCACGCAAGCAGAAUGGACGACCGCUACAUGUGAAGUUCGACGCCCAGUCGCCGCCGGCGCCCGUGUCCGUCGGGUCCAGUUCCAGCUCGAGCUCGAGCGACGAUGAGGACGUCUCCAUCACGGAGGCCCGGCCCCCCGACGGCGGGUGGGGCUGGGUCGUCGUCUUUGCAUCGUUCAUGGUUAAUCUUAUCGCCGACGGCAUUACGUUCAGUUUCGGCGUGUUUUUCACACAUUUUCUGGAGUACUUCGGCGAAGGUAAAGGCAAAACUGCCUGCAUUGCCGGCAUUUUUAUGGCUAUGCCACUGCUUUCGGGACCCAUAGCCAGCUUCCUCACGGACAGGUACGGCUGCCGACGAGUAACCAUAUUCGGAUCAAUAUUAUCAGCUAUAGGAUUCGUUAUAUCCGCCUUCGUAGAUAACAUGGAAACUCUAUUCCUCACGUUUGGAAUUAUGGCCGGAUUCGGCUUAAGUUUAUGUUACGUAGCGGCAGUUGUCAUUGUCGCUUAUUAUUUUGAGAAGAAGCGCUCCCUAGCGACUGGCAUAUCAGUAUGUGGGAGCGGUAUUGGAACCUUUAUAUUUGCGCCACUAUCAAACCUUCUACUAGAUGAGUACGGGUGGCGCGGAACAACGUUGAUAUUGGCCGGACUGUUCCUCAAUAUGGCAGUGUGUGGUUUACUGUUCAGAGAUUUACCUUGGACUGCCACGAUGAACGAAGAGAGAGCAAGGGAGAGAAAACGUCGUCGGGAAAGAAAACGUAACAAGCGAUACGGAUCGUCUGUGGACAGUUUCUCGGACAGUAAAAGCAGUGCCGCGGGGUCGACGAAAGUGACCGAAAAUGUGGGUAUAGAAGCAGUAACUUCCCCAAUAGUUCCUCAGUUUAGUUCUUUAGUCGAUCUUCCCACGUUCAUGACGGGUGGGGAAGGCGUUUCAUUAGAAGUGUUUGAAAUGAUGUCGAAUCGUGGUCGCGCCUACGCUAUUAUGGCGCAAAAUUACCCCGGAGUAAUGCUGCCAUCGAGAAGCUUUAGUGAUAGUGGUCGUUUGAACGAACAGUCCCCUCCCAGAACUAUGAUGUCUCCUACUGUAUUGUCUCCUGGAGCGACGUCUCCAACAUCAGCACCUACAGCGGACGGAGCCGGCGCUGCCCCACCGUUGAGCGAAAAAGCUGCAUUAUCGUUAUGGUUGAAGAGGCAGCAGGCAGGCGGGUCGACGAAGAAACCACCGGCCUUCCUAAAAGACCUACGAGUGCAUAGGCAUUCGCUGACAUACCGUGGCGCCAUGUUGAACAUCAACAGGUACAGGCUCCGUGCUUCGUCCUGCCCCAACAUCUUCAGGAACUCAAUGACGACCAUUGCCAAAGAAAAGGUGCAAUGGUACGCUGGUCUUUGGGAUUUCUGGGAUCUAGUAGUGGAUGUAAUGGAUUUCUCGCACUUCCGCAACCCCGCGUUCCUACUGUUCGCGAUGUCCAAUUUCCUCUUGUACAUGUGGUACGACGUGCCGUACGUGUACAUCGCUGACAAUGGACUUAAGAAGGGUUUCAACGAGUCGCAGUCUUCCAUGCUCAUUUCUAUUAUUGGGAUCGUUAACAUGUUUGGAGAGAUCAUCCUAGGCUGGGUCGGCGAUUGGGAGUGCGUGAACCCAAGCAUUGUGUACGCGUGCUGCAUGUUCUUUUGCGGAUUUGUCACCCUCAUAAUGCCUCUUCUCGAGGGCUAUGUCGGUCAGGCCGUUGCCGCUGGCGCCUUCGGAGCCUUUAUUGCAGCUAACUAUUCAUUGACAUCUAUCAUUCUGGUGGAGCAAAUUACGCUGGAGAAAUUCACUAAUGCGUAUGGAUUGUUGUUGCUCAUUCAGGGAAUGGCCAAUUUGGUUGGACCCCCACUAGCUGGCUGGGUAUACGACAUAACGAAUUCGUACGACCUGUCUUUCUACCUCGCCGGGGUAUUCAUCGGUCUAUCCGGCCUCAUCAUGGUGGUGCUCCCGCUGUACAAGCAGGCGGGUCGCAUCAGCAAACUGUGCAAACGCAAGGCUGACGGCUCAGACAAGGCAAACGGAGAUGUCAAGCAGAACGGAAAGGUUAAGCUCAUUGUGUAGUUUACUUGUUUAAUGGAGAAAGUUUGUUUGUAAUAGUGAAUUUCGAAGCUAUGCCAUCGUUAUAACUACAGAAAUUGAGUAACGCUGUUUAGUGCCGGAGUUAAUUUAUUUAUGUAACUACACAACACAUGUAAUGUACAGACGGCAGCACAUCAAGGUACACAUUAAAGGAUCUUCUGCUGUUGACUGUACAUCAGUUGUACAAUGUAAGGCUUAAUUUUAGGA